GUUUAACAUUUCAACAGAAUUAUAUCACUUGAAACAUACUCCCGAGGAUAUUUUAUUAUUUGUCGUAUUAUUUGGUCUUAAGCGAUUAUUGUAAUUAAUUCACUGAACUAUUUACGUAAAAUAAAAUUUCAAACGGAUGAUUUAUCGCUAUCAUGUCAGACAUGGAUAUUGUAGAAGUUGACGACGAGAAUCAAUUCCACGGCAAUAAAAAUGAAAAUCUUAAAUUAAGUUCUCAAUCAGAAGCUAGGAACGGAAGCAAAUCGGAGAGUAUUCGUCGAAUGGUGGACAUAACCCGCGACAAACCAAUUAAAGUUUCCAUCAGGGUAGCUGUACCUGUAAGAGACCAUCCAAAGUUUAAUUUUGUUGGAAAACUAUUGGGACCAAAAGGCAACUCAUUGAAGAGAUUACAGGAAGACACCAUAACGAAAAUGGCAAUACUUGGACGUGGAUCUAUGCGUGAUCGGAACAAGGAAGAAAAGUUAAGGAAUUCGGGAGAUCCAAAAUUUUCUCAUCUCAAAGAUGACCUUCAUGUUGAAAUAACAGCCUUUGCUCCUCCAGCAGAAGCACAUGCUCGUAUUGCAUAUGCGUUAACAGAAGUCCGAAGAUUUUUAGUACCGGAUUACAACGAUGAAAUACGACAAGAGCAAAUGUGGGAAAUGCAAAUAUUGCAGAAGGGAUCGGGGGACGCGACCGAUUCGGAAACCGGCGAGAGCGGAUCUUCGUCUCAUUCCGUGGACGAUAAUCGCCAAAAUUACAGCGCCGUUCAUUCAGCCGGAGAGUGUUCGCCGGUGCAUACCAAACACAGCAACGUCAACACCAAUCAAACAAUAAUUAACGGAUCAGAAAAACACGUGACUCCGAACAAUUCAAACGGGUUAACAGAAACUCCAGGGAGGAAACGUCCUCUGCUGUCUGGAGAAUGUGCCAAAGUAUCAAUGACUCCAUCAAAGAGAACAGUAAUGGCAAUUCUGGCUAGAGCUAGAACUGCGCAAGUACACGUCAAAGACAUGGUCACAUUUUCGCCACAUUUUAAUGGACUCGUUCAGACAGAUGUAUCCACAUACAGAGAAAAGCCUUUUAUCCCCACAACCAAUCUACUUUUGAACUAAAUAUAAUAUAAUAUAAUACCUACUAUUCACAUCAUCCAUAGAUUAUCCAAUCAAAUUUCUCUGUAGUCACAACGCAUGAAAGUAUGGGUCAAUGUAUUUUUUAAUCAUCAUAUUAUACAAUCUAAAUAAUUAAUUAAUAUUUUAUUUUAAAACAAAUCAGUUUUAUUUUAGUUUAUACGUGGUUUAAGAAUUAUUUUAAAACUUAAUUAAUCAUUAUGAUGAUUAGAAAAAAAUUGCUCAAUACAAUAUAAUAAUAAUAAUAUAUAUAUAUAUUUUAAUAGCGUAUUAUAAAUUUACAACUUUACGAUCUAUCCUAAUAAAAUAAUAAAAACAUUAUAAAGUCAAUCAUAUAAAUUAAAUAAUUAUAUUUAUAUAAUCAAAAUAUAAAAACAUGGUUCUUUCCUUGAUAAUAUCCCAGUAAAUACUCAAUAUUCUACAUGAAUAUUGUAUACAUAUUAUAAUAAACUGGGUAAUCAUUGUAAUUUAAUAUAAUUAUAAAUGCACACAAAUUCACAUUAAUUCAUGUUAGUUUAUUUAUU